GUUCUUUUUGAAGUACGUUAACACCAGUCAUAAGAAAUACUGCAAUAUAUCUUUAAAAGUGAUACUAAACAAACGAUAUUGUUUUCCAAAUUUCAAAAAAGCCACUCGUGGAUUGUGACGUCGAUGACCUCACGAACUUCUUCGUACUUGAGCGACAGACUAAAUAGUCUUAGUAUAGAACUAGACUCAUUCCCUAUAUCGGAUAAAGCUUUAAAAAAUGGUGGUAAUAUCUCCAAAUCACUCUCUUUAUUAGUUAAAGAUCACUCACUUCAAACUGCUACAAAAGCAUUGAAUAAUAUCAACGUAGAGAAAGGCGAGAGUGAAUUAGAAUGGUUACUACUCGCUAGAGUCACACUUGUGCUCUACGAUAAUAUCGUCGCAAGUCUCCUCAAUCAUGCCGUUGAAUUGAAUAGUUUAAGCAAUUUCUGGGAGAGAACGCUUGAAUCUAGAUUUAAAUCUUAUAAUUAUUUAUUACAAACACUCCCAAAUCGCGCAUUCAAUUAUGCUAAGAACUCACAUCCGUCUAUACACUCACUGUUUCCUUAUAGUCAAGUAGGACUAUCCUUAAAUCUCCGGACCCUUACUUUCGAGCCUCUUAAUCUCUUAAAGUUUGAAUUACAGUCGCAUAUUGACGAGAUAGGUAUCUUAAAGGAUGAUAUCGCCAAUUCUGUCGGUUUACUAGCAUCUUUUAAUGGACUAAAAGAUGGAUUCGGCCCUGAUAAUAAAGGUAAUACCGGAAGAAGUCUCGGAGGCGAUCUUAACAAUUGGAUCAAACACAUUAAAAGCGUGUUGAAUACACUCACCAAAGAUGAUCAAGUGAAAGUAAACGAAGCAACUUCAUUUAGAGCUAUUCUAGAUAAUUUAAAGACGUUAGUCGAGAAUGUUAUCCCAUCGCACACAGCAAGUAUCACGAGACGCGUAGAAGUACAUAAAAGACCAUCAACGCUUACUCGUUGCUGGCCAAAGCUUUUAAUUGGACCUCCAGUCUUACUUGUAAUUGCUAGGUUGGUGUUAAGAUCGCAAGAUGCAGUCAAAGCCUAUUUGAGAGAUAUUGGUGAGACGGCAAGAGGAUUCGUACAGAGCUGGAUUGUCGAGCCAGCAACACACAUCAUCAAUACAAUUAGAUUUGGUGGACGUGGUUUAGGUGUCACUGAAGCAGGCCUUGAAAGUGAUAUCGCCAGUCUUGAGAGAAUGGUAAAAGAUCUAGGCAAAGAAAAUCUCAAGCUUUCUGAUGCACAGUUGUUGGAAUUGGGAAACAAUGUCCGUAAAGGUGAUUUAUCAACUGUUUUACAAGUGUAUGAGAAUGAAAUGAAGACGCCUUUUAAAUCAGCACUCUUUGGUCAACUUGUUAGAGCGCUACUUAUACAAAUCCAAAAAGUUAAAUGCGACGUUGACACAACUAUGACAAAACUGGAUGCUUUACUUAAAUCGCAAGAACUGACAUUCGGAUUUGUGGGUGUGGCUCCAUCAUUAGCGAUCGUAUACUUCGUUGGUAGUUGGUUCUCCCGCUUUUUGGGCUUAAUAGUUGGUAAAAAAGAGAUAUCACUCAAACGUCGUGUGGAGUUAUUUGAGUGUAUUAGACGUAUAGAUUUCCUAUUAGUCCCAUCUUUGGGGUCACCACUACCAGAGAAAACAUUGGGCCAUCUUUUACUUUCAACUUCCAUAAUGCGCAGAUGUUCAUUAGAGAUUUAUAACAAACGCUUAAGAAGAGGCCUAGUUGAUGACUUGAACGCAUUGGAAGUCCCACAAGGUGACGUUAUGGAUAAAAGAGCAAUUGUUGAGCGUAUGUGGAGAUCCUGGGGUGGUGCACUUGAUUGGAACAAGGCAGUUUCUAAUGCUCGUUGAUAAAAGUUUUGUACUGUUGCCGAUUGCAUAUGGAAUCAUUCAUGCAUUGUUUAUUCAUGUCUACAUUGCAUAAUGUAAUGACUAUCACUGAGUAGACCCUUUGAAGGUACUUUUCAAGAUUAAAAGUUCCGUUACUUAUGAUAGGGUACAAUGUUUGAUAUCUGCCGAAUAUCGGCUAAGAAAGACCCCAAAUUUCGGAGAACUAAUCGUGAUUGUGGAGGUAUAUU